AUGGCACAGCGCCGCGCGCGCGUCUCCGUCCGGCAGCCGCUCCAGCAGCCGCCGCGCCGCCGCCUCGUGCGCGCGCUGCAGCGCCACCGUGCGCGCUAUGCCCGCGCCCUCCACCACCGCGCGGUACAACUGCACACGUACGUCAUCAUCACUCUAUAUAGCGCCACCGUGCGCGCUAUGCCCGCGCCCUCCACCACCGCGCGGUACAACUGCACACGUACGUCAUCAUCACUCUAUAUAGCGCCACCGUGCGCGCUAUGCCCGCGCCCUCCACCACCGCGCGGUACAACUGCACACCGCCACCGUGCGCGCUAUGCCCGCGCCCUCCACCACCGCGCGGUACAACUGCACACGUACGUCAUCAUCACUCUAUAUAGCGCCACCGUGCGCGCUAUGCCCGCGCCCUCCACCACCGCGCGGUACAACUGCACACGUACGUCAUCAUCACUCUAUAUAGCGCCACCGUGCGCGCUAUGCCCGCGCCCUCCACCACCGCGCGGUACAACUGCACACCGCCACCGUGCGCGCUAUGCCCGCGCCCUCCACCACCGCGCGGUACAACUGCACACAUACGUCAUCAUCACUCUAUAUAGCGCCACCGUGCGCGCUAUGCCCGCGCCCUCCACCACCGCGCGGUACAACUGCACACGUACGUCAUCAUCACUCUAUAUAGCGCCACCGUGCGCGCUAUGCCCGCGCCCUCCACCACCGCGCGGUACAACUGCACACCGCCACCGUGCGCGCUAUGCCCGCGCCCUCCACCACCGCGCGGUACAACUGCACACGUACGUCAUCAUCACUCUAUAUAGCGCCACCGUGCGCGCUAUGCCCGCGCCCUCCACCACCGCGCGGUACAACUGCACACGUACGUCAUCAUCACUCUAUAUAGCGCCACCGUGCGCGCUAUGCCCGCGCCCUCCACCACCGCGCGGUACAACUGCACACGUACGUCAUCAUCACUCUAUAUAG